UUACAUAUUGAAUGCCAAUGUUAACAAUAUUGGAGGGUUGGGUGUUCUAUUCACCAAACUCCAGCAGGGUGUCCAGGAGAACCGACAAGUCCUUACGAUCGCUCGGAUGCGAGCCGAAGCCGAAGAGGUCUAUGGCCAACGACUUGGAGAUAUUGCGCCCGCCGCCGACAAGAUUACUGGAGGGUUUAACCGUGAUGAUGGCGCAAGCGUGCGAAAAGCCUACGACGGUGUCCGAACCGAGAUGGAAGAUGCUGCGAAAAACCACAAGAAGAUCGCGCAGAGCAUUAGGGAUCUGGUUGUAAACCCGUUUGCGCGAUGGUGCGAUGCCCACGAAGUUCGCAUCCAAGAUUCACAAGACGAGCUACAGACACGGAUCAAAGCCCAUGAUCGCCAAGCCGAGGUGGUCAAGAAGCUACGAAGCAACUACUUCAACAAAUGCCGUUUGGUCGAAGACCUUGAAGAGGAAAACAAGUUGGCCUUUCAAGACCCAGAGACGAGUCCUAAGCAGAACCAGAACAUACCCGAGAUCAAAGUAUCAACCAACAAAGAAGAGGAGGAAGAUGACGAAAUAUUCGAGAUCGGCGAUGAGACAUACCAAACGGAGCAGGUUAAGAAGAUAUUAUCUCACAUGUUAAACACCAUAAAAAUAGGCGAAACCAAGGUGCCUAUCUUAGGUACAUAUCUCAACACUUCGUCCGGUUCUGAUAUAGUCGAGUAUCUUCAACGACAUAUGGGUUCGACUAGCAUUAGCUACGCCGAACGAAUCGGACAAGACCUGGUACAAAACGGUUUCCUUCGCCUGGUUGGUAAUGUCGGAAACAACUUUGCGAAUAGUUCCAAGCUCUUCUACCAGUGGCGACCAAAGGCCUUUCAAUUAGCAGGUGUGCCAGAGAAGAAGGCGGCAUUCUCAAGGACGUUUUCCUUGCCUGCGGGUCAAGAAAACGGAACCGACUCUCCUGUUGUGGGCACUGUUAAUGAGUAUUUGUCUGGUUGGAAUAUCCUCAGUAGCCAGUACCCCAACGAGACACCACCAGAACGCUUACGACGCGAGGCGAGGGAGACUGACGAGAAGUACAAGGCUAGCGUUCGAAAGCUUGAUGAGAUGCGCUGUGAGCUAGAAGAGGCCAUCUUCGUACACCUGAGAUUCCUCGAGCGCUGCGAGUUGGAUAGGCUAAAAGCUAUCAAGACAGUUAUUCUCGACUUUUCGGGUACUAUUGGGAAUGUCAUCCCAAGCUUGCAGUCUGCAGUAGACCGCAUGGUUCUGUACCAGGAGACAGUCCUUCCUACGGGAGAUUUGCGAUAUCUCUUGGAAAACUAUAGGACAGGACGAUUUGCACCUAAGGUCGUUACAUACGAGAACUAUUACAACAAGGUCGACGAGCAGACGUUUGGUGUGGAUUUAGAGGCAAGGGCAAGAGCGGAUAAGAAACGUGUCCCUAUCAUCAUCACGACGAUCCUGACAUACCUGGAUAAUCACUAUCCCGACCUGGAAGGCGACGAAGCGAGGCGGGGGGUAUGGCUGACAGAAGUUCAACUUCCCCAAGUUCAUAAAUUGCGAGCAAAGGUCAACAACGGCAAACCCUUCACGCCCGAGGCGCUUCAAGAUUUUGAUGUUCCUACUGUCGCGCAUCUACUAAAAUUAUAUCUUCUGGAACUACCUGAUUCGCUGGUGUCUUCUCAUGUGUAUGAGAUCGUCAGGACGAUCUACGCAACCCCUCCAACGGGAGAUACCGCAGAUGACGCACGUGUCGCUGUUCUUCAGCAGACCCUCUCACAAUUACGUCUUACGAACAUUGCAACGUUAGAUGCAUGCAUGAAUCACUUUACAAGGCUGAUAGAUCUGACAUCAGCUGAUGAACAAUACAUACAUGAACUUGCGACGUCUCUAGCUCCCUGCAUUUUACGACCGCGAACUGAGACUUCGCUGACGAUGGAAGAGAAACAUGCAUACCGAUUGGUCCGCGACCUGCUUGCUCAUAAAGAUGCCAUCUUCAGUGAGCUAAAGCGUAUGUCGAGUCUUACACAUACAGGCUCGAUCGGCAAUAACCGACCUCGAGCUAUUAGCACCGACGAGAGCAAUAGGAGAGCUCACAUGGAAGAAAGGCAACGAGCUUUACUGGAGAAAGCAGGGUCCCGUGGUCGAGCUACUAGUCCGGCACCCGGCUCCCGCCACCGACGCGAUAGGAGCACUGGCGGACCCGAGACUCGAUUCCCCAUAGCAAGCCCUACGUCGGCUACCGAACGCCACCGAAGCAGUCUCGGUGGUCUCGGCCCGGUGAAGAGGUCGAGUCUUGAGGUACCUGAUGGAUCCGGCCUGCCACCAGCGGAGGUGAACGGAGGUGCGAAUGGGGAUUCGCCUAAGACAGAUAGCGAGUCUAUCGUUUCUAAGCGGGACAGCCUAGGCCGGAGCGGCGCUCGGUUUGUUGGCGGACGAAGAGUCACUGCGUCCUCCGCCAUGAAGAACGACAGCACACCCUCCACACCCGUCAGCAAAGCGGCAGACGCUGGUACUCCUACACAUGACCGCGGCGUGACGCUCGUCGAUGCACCCAUGGAUGACUAGUAACACAUGGGUAGUCGGCCUGCGAGCAAGAGCCGGAGGAAAAUAAUAUGAGUAAAAUUGCAACGAAGGGGGCUUUAUACCACGGACACGCAUACCCAAUAUCCAAUGCGGACGGCGUUUGUUUGUUUUGUUGAAAGAUAACAUUUAACGAUGAACCAGCACAUCAGGGGAUAGAGGAGAGGAAGGGGAAGUUUCUAAUCUAGCAAGUCUAGCAACUAACCAACCCUCAUCUGAUCUUCCUACUUCUGGUAUGCGCACGCGUAAUGCAUAAUGUUGUAAAAAAUGCAACUCGCUUUUUUUUAUAUUCACUACGUGUACAUGAUUGUUCCAUGAUACGAGAACAUAUAUCCCUUACUAGAUAGGGGUUAUUAUCAGUUUUUAUUUUGUUU